UUUCUAAAAAUCCAAUUUUUCUCUGUGAUUGUCCUUUUUUGACUCACUCCUUCUUCUUCUUCUUCACGAGAAGGCGAAGUUUCUCUUCUCUCUAGAAUAAUGUUAAUUCUCUUUCGUGUGAUCCUCCUCCAUAGGAUAAAUCCCUAAACCCAUCUUCUCAAUCGCGCUUUUUUCUUUUUUUGCUUUGGGAGAUUUCAAAUUUGUUUUUGAUCGAGAGAUGGUUCAGUCUGCGGUGGAAGUUUUAUUACCGUCGUCGUGGGAGAUUGAGGUUGCGGUUGUCGCUUCGUUCUUUUUAUUCGCUUCGUAUUGGCUGUUCGCUUAUAGAGGAGGCGGAGAUGACGAUGUCGGUGGUGUUGGAUUUGAUCGGUCCCGUCUCAUGCAGAAUCUCGAUUCCGGUGACGCCAUCUUUGACAAAGACAAGAUAGGACAGUUGAGAGGAGACGCUCAAACUAAUGCUGCUUAUAUAAUCAAGGUGGAACUGCUGGCUGCUAAGAAUCUCAUUGGUGCAAACUUAAAUGGAACUUCAGAUCCUUAUGCUAUUGUCAAUUGUGGAUCAGAAAAGCGAUUCAGUUCUAUGGUCCCUGGCUCUAGAAAUCCAAUGUGGGGUGAAGAGUUCAAUUUUCCCACUGAUGAGCUUCCUGUCAAGAUCAAUGUAACAAUUCAUGAUUGGGAUAUAAUUUGGAAAAGUACUGUUCUUGGCUCAGUAACUAUUAGUGUUGAACGUGAAGGCCAAACGGGUCCAGUGUGGCACUCAUUAGACAGCCCAUCUGGCCAGGUUUGUCUUAACAUUAAUGCAAUCAAACUACCUGUAAAUGCUCCUAGGGCUGUAACCGGAUAUGCUGGAGCCUGUAGAAGAAGGGUCACAUUGGAUCAGCAAGGCCCAACGAUUGUACAUCUAAAGCCAGGACCUCUGCAGACGAUAUUUGAUCUCCUCCCCGAUGAGGUGAAUCAACUACUAUGGGAUUGCCUUUACGCGUUCACNAGCUCUGUGAAAGGAGGUGGUAAAGUACAAGUUCAACCUCCUGAAGAUACUGCAGCUGUACCUGUAAAGUUUCAGGCUUUCGUCAAGGAAGAAGUCCUUGUCAACAUCUACAAUGAUGUUUUUGCCAGCACACCUGAGCAAGUCCUGAACGUCUUGUUGGCUGAUGAUUCCACUUAUACUAAUGAGUACAGAUCUGCACGGAAGGAUAAAAAUCUUAAUAUUGAGCCGUGGCAUACUGCCCAAGAAUAUGAUGGCCAAGUUAGAGAGAUUAAGUUCAGAUCCAUUUGUAAUAGUCCUAUGUGUCCACCUGACACUGCUGUGACGGAAUGGCAGCACGUUGUUCUAUCACCAGACAAGAAAGUGCUGGUUUUUGAAACUGUGCAACAGCCACAUGAUGUUCCUUUUGGGUCUUACUUUGAAGUCCACUGCCAAUGGCGCUUGGAAGUUAAAGAGGAGACUGUAUCUGUGCUAGAUAUAAGAGUCGGUGUACAUUUCAAGAAAUGGUGUUUGAUGCAAUCGAAGAUUAAAGCCGGGGCAAUUGACGAGUACAAGAAAGAAGUAGAAGUGAUGAUAGAAGUGGCAUUGUCGUAUCUCAAGACACACUCUUCCUCGACUAGCCUUGGCGAUAGAGACAAGUCUACUUCAUCAUCUCCAACACCAGAAAACAUCAGCUAAAACCUAAUUUACCAAAAUCGACAUUCUCGAGCCAACUUAAGAUCAGCUUUUUCCUUCUUUUCUAUAUGUUAAAGUGUAUAUGUGGUAACGGUAAUUAGGAUAUUUACAAGGGCUUGUCUGAUUUCUCGUACUUUUGACAAAGAAAAGUUAAGGAUUCUCUCACAACUCUUUCUGUAUUGGCAAACCAAAUACUAAGUCCUGUGAAUUUUCAAGCAAACAAAGAACAGUGUGAAAACAAUGAAUUGUACCAUAAA